GGGAGCUCUCUCCCUCCCUCCCGCCCGCCCUCUCAGCCGCCGGCCCCCGUUGGCUGCCGGUGACAGGCGGAGCCGGCCUCGCGGCUGCCCGGCAUGACGGGGGGCGGCUGCGCCCCGGCCCCCGCUCACUAGCCCGGCCGAGCCGCGCAGGCGGGCCCGGGGAGCGGCGCGCCAUGCGGCUGUGCGGGGCGCUGCUGAAGAGCCCCAUCCCCAAGCAGAUCGAGCACUACUCGCGCUUCUCCCCCUCGCCGCUCUCCAUCAAGCAGUUCCUGGACUUCGGACGUGAUAAUGCAUGUGAGAAAACAUCAUAUAUGUUCCUACGGAAAGAACUUCCUGUGCGGCUAGCUAAUACCAUGAGAGAAGUCAAUUUGCUGCCUGAUAACUUGCUAAACAGGCCUUCAGUUGGGCUAGUUCAGAGUUGGUACAUGCAAAGUUUCCUUGAGCUUUUAGAAUAUGAAAAUAAAAGCCCUGAGGAUCCUCAUAUUCUGGAUAACUUUUUAGAAGUUUUAAUCAAAGUAAGGAACAGACACAAUGAUGUGGUUCCUACCAUGGCGCAAGGGGUGAUUGAGUACAAGGAAAAGUAUGGCUUUGAUCCGUUUGUUAGCAGUAACAUCCAGUAUUUUCUAGAUAGGUUCUACACCAAUCGCAUCUCUUUCCGCAUGCUUAUUAACCAGCACACACUUCUUUUUGGUGGAGACACUAAUCCUGCUCAUCCCAAGCAUAUUGGAAGUAUUGAUCCUACCUGUAAUGUGGCUGAAGUAGUAAAAGAUGCUUAUGAAACAGCUAAGAUGUUGUGUGAGCAGUACUAUCUGGUUGCACCAGAGUUGGAAGUUGAAGAGUUCAAUGCUAAAUCUCCAAGCAAGCCUAUUCAAGUAGUCUACGUACCCUCACAUCUGUUUCAUAUGCUAUUUGAGUUGUUCAAGAACUCAAUGAGAGCUACCGUGGAAUUACAUGAAGGUAGGAAAGAAGGCUAUCCAUCAAUUAAAACAUUAGUCACUUUGGGGAAAGAAGAUCUAUCCAUAAAGAUAAGUGAUCAAGGAGGUGGUGUCCCUCUGAGAAAAAUAGAUCGACUGUUUAACUACAUGUACUCAACAGCACCUAGGCCUAGUUUGGAGCCAACAAGAGCUGCACCUUUGGCUGGAUUUGGGUAUGGUUUGCCAAUCUCUCGUCUUUAUGCUAGAUACUUUCAAGGAGAUCUCAAACUCUAUUCGAUGGAAGGCGUGGGUACUGAUGCUGUAAUUUAUUUGAAGGCUCUUUCAAGUGAAUCGUUUGAAAGACUUCCAGUUUUUAAUAAGUCAGCAUGGCGACACUACAAGACUACACCUGAAGCUGAUGACUGGAGCAAUCCUAGCAGUGAACCCAGGGAUGCGUCUAAAUACAAAGCUAAUCGAUAAUUUACCAUCUUUGUCUCUCCAGAAGAUGACUUCUGAUUUCAGUUUAAAGUCUCUGCUUUGUUCCAAAAUCCACUGAACCAUAUUAGCCAAUUACUUCCAUACAAAGUGCUAUAAGGGCACUGAAAUUGCAAAAAACGAAGUGAUGUAUGAGACUUAAGAAAAGCACUAAGCAUUUUUGGUGUAGGUAGUGUUAUAACAACUUUACCAAAAUAUGCUUGGUUAGUUUGGUUUGAUAUUGACAAAUGGGAUUGCACUGUGAUUGCACUUAAGUACACAACUGUACAGUGAAAGGGUAUUACUUCUUAAAGGCCAGUUUUUAUGCAGAAAUAAAAAUCAGCAAAAUCUAUAGAAUCCCUUUAAUAGUCAAUAGCAUCUUAUACAGCAAUAUGAUGUAACAGACAAGUUCAAACAUAGCUGAAUGUGUGGUUAGAAAAUCCACUCUUUGCAGCAGUUUUAGAUUGCACAGUCAGUGUCGUCGGUUACAUAAAAUCCUUUUGGGCUCUUCAGAUCUUAUAGCUAGUGACGAUAAAGAUGCAUAGUUCUUAGAAGGUUUCUGUAGUUUUAAACUGAUGCUUUCCCCACAUUCCCAAAUCCAUUUGUCAAGUGCAUCCAAAAAUAUAUAUUCUUAUAAGGCAUUGCGAGUUUCACCUCUUAAUAUGCACCUUAAUGUUUUACUGAAUUUGCACAAAAUGCCAAAUGAUAAAUCACAUUAAUUAUUUUAAGAAAAGAUUAUAAGGGGUCAACGCUUCUCUCCAUUCUUGCAAGUAACUCCCAUUGGUACAGAGGUGAAAGAAUAAAUUUUAUACGUGAUGUUCUUUGCCUCUCAGAUACUUUUUUGCUUUGUUUUUGGGAAAGCAUACCAUGAAACCAGUCAGCCAGUCAUGUAAAUGAAUUUGCCUUAAGAAUGUUGGUCACCUGGAACCUGAUUAGUUGUAAAACGGUAAAUAAUUUGCAACGUCAUUUAUCUAUGUAGCAAAGGACAAUAGUCUGGUAAUUUGAAUUUGUACUAUAUAUAGAGUUGUUUCACACUGGCUUUUGGAAAGCAUUACUGGUCUAAAUAUUAUUAAACUGGGAGCGUAAUAGAAACAAUGAAGGAUAAUUAAAAUGGCUGAUAAGAAGUUGAUGACUUCUUCCAAGGAGAGAGAGAGAUUUAUUAAACAGCAUUCUCUAAAAUUGGUUGAGAGUUACUUAUGAAUGUCAAGAAGCUGUACUGUACCAAGUUUCCACCAAAUAUUGCGGGUCCAUAGAGUGUACUGUAGAGGUUUGGCGUUCUGGUAAUAUCCUAACUACAAGAGUAAAGGUAGAAUGGGUUGUAAUGACAGCUGUGCUUGAAGAUGCACCCUCAGUAUCUCUGUGGUGUUUUGAUAUUUUUUGAAAGAUAUUGCAAGAUUUUAACUAGACAAAACUUGUUUACUAAAACUCCGCAAAAUAUCCCUUUGUCCUCCUGAAUAUUUAUUUUGUAAGAAUUAGUCUGUUAGAUAAAUAAGGAAAAGGUGAGAACUUCCUGGAUAUUUUUUUUUUAAAAAUUAGUUUGAGUUAGAGGAAUGAUGUUACUCUGCACGUGCGUGGCACACUUCAUCCAAGGAUCUCAAAGCACCUUGUAAGCAAUUCAGUCUCUCAGCGCCCUAUUUUUUGAUGGACAAACUGGGAAAAGACGAUGCCCUAAUCCUGCAAACACGUCCACGUAGUUGCAUGGAAGUUAACCACCUGUAAAAUUGUGUGCAGGAUUAAGGGCCUAUGUUAAACAAUAAUUCCCUAUGGUUGCAGACACCACUGCAGAGAGAAGAAGCUGCCAUUCACGUGGCACAGCCAAGUGGUCCAUCUGUCACUGUGGAAAACUCAAUAUAGUCACUGAAGAAUACUUUAAAUGGCUAGAGCCUUAAUUUUAAAGGACACAUUCGACCAGAAAUCUAGUCAGUUUGAAAAAAAAAAUCUGUUCCUGCCAUUUUUUGUACCUUUGCAAUCUUCCUUUUUAAGUUGCAUCUUUGUUGCUGUUUGAAAGAUUCCCCCCAGAAACAGAUGAACACUAGUCAUAUAGGGAGACUGUGAAACUGAUUAUACAAGAAGUGGCAAAAUGUAAAAUUUGCUUGAAAAUAUAAUUGACUAUGAACUUCAAAGAACAGGAUAAAUGUAUGAAGAGUGUAAAAUUUUUGCAGUUCUUUGGAAAAAGUCAUGUUACGACACAGUGAGUGAUUUUUAGGUCUAGACUGCUUCUUUUGGGGGAAAUCUUGGCUGACUGGUUUAUAAAUGAAAAUGAAUAGAAUAGUCCAUGCCCAGGAAUGUUAAGCAGAAAUUCCCUUUUGUGUAGCAGAAGUACAUUAAGAAAAUGAAUGCAGAAGCCCAUGAGUCAGAAGUGAAGAUAUGAAGGGCCAGUAUUAUUAUAAUGGCAGGGUCACUACUUUAACUAAAACAAUUUGUUUGGUAUUCAAGGCUAAUCUGGCUACUGAAGAGGAUGAGUGCUUUGGUCCUCCUUAAGCAAAGAAAGUCUCUGUCACUUGCAGAUUGGCCACCAGAUGCUCCUUCCUGCUCUAGGGAAGAGGAGUUGGUGCCAUAUACAUUUUCUUCACAUCCUAUUAGAUACUUGAAAACUCAUGUCCUCUGAAAUGGCUGCAAUUGGCAAUUUAUUCUUUGAAUCCUGAUCGUGUUCUGAUAGUUCAGAGAAGGGAGAUAAGAGCAUAUUCUACUCUCUUCUCUUUUCACCAGGCACUCCUACUUCCUCUGUUUUCCUGUCAUUCUCUAGUCACUCUUGCUGAGUGCAGGCAGAUCCCACUCCCAGUGGUUAAUCUCUCUCUCCCUACUCCUGAGGGAAUUCUGCGCCAAAAAAUUAAAUAUUUUGCACACAUUUUAAAAUUCUGCAUAUUUUAUUUGUCAAAAUACCACAGUACAAUCACACAGUUUUCAGAUAUUUGCUGACAAGUAUUUUUAAAUAAAUUACCAAAAUAAUUGAAAAUGGUGUGAUUAUAUUGUUAUUGUGUUUGUAUUAUUUUGACAAAAUAUGCAGAACUUUGCAGAAUUUUAAUUUUUUUUUUUUUUUUUGGUGCAGAAUUUCUUCAGGAGUUCCAGGGUGCAGUCUGGGUGUGGGCAGCUCAGUAGAGGGUCUGGGUGUAGGGGGGAAUCUGGAUGCACAGGGGCUUGGUGCGAGGUUCUGGGUGCAGGGAGAAUAGGACUCUGCAAGGGGGCACAAGGUGAAGGUGAUUAGGGCUGAGUGGGACUUGAUGAGGUAUGGGGGUCAGGGUGCAGCUGGUUGGAGCUCAGUGGGGUGAGGGUCCGGGUAUGGGUGGCUCCUGAUACAAGGGGGAGGAUCAGCCGUAUGGGGUUUGGGGACUCUGUGGGAGGGUUCUGGGUGCAUUGGAUUCCUGAUUACAAAGGUGGGGGAGGGGUCACCAUACAGGGAGCUGCUCCCCAUGUCCGCUCAAUCCCUGUGAAUCUGGACCCCCUCCCCGGCUGAACCUCACCUCCCCGCACUUGGAACCCGCCCCCUUGAGCCUAACUGCCCCCCCCCGCCCCCCACACACAGACCCAUGGUGCAGAGCUUUAUGUAGCCAGGGGAAGUUUCUGGGGCUUGAUCUGACCCAGCCCCAGCUGCUCAGCGCAGGAAAGCGGGAGGGUCUCUGUCCUUCUUCUCCGCCCCCCAUGCCCAGCUGGGACUAAUGUCCCUGGGUGGCCAGGGCAUCCCCAGAUCCCCUCCCCCCCCAGUAAUUUACCUCUUCCCCUGGCUGCCUGAACAGAUGUGUCUGAGCUGCCGGGAGGGGUGAGUGAGCACUUCUGAAGCUUCUCUUUGUUUCCCCACAGAAACAAUUUUCUGCAAGGAAGCAAAGGAAUUCUUGUAGCUCAUUUUUCUGCUGCGCUCCAGUUAUGCAGAAUUCCCCCAGGAGUACCUCUCCCAUUCUGCCUCACCUAAGCUACCAGCCUACCUACCUACACGGAGCUCACUUCUGCCCCAGGUUUGACCUCCCUAAACUCAAGUAAUCCCCCUCUGCAGCAUGUUGGCCUGAGGGAGUGGAGAGGAAUUGUCAGCAGGGGGAAGUUUGAUAGGGAAGAGAGUUUUCCAGAAAGACAAAAUUGACUUACAUACUGAAAAAUUAAGAUUGAUAUUUGUUAAAGUGUUGAUCCUAGCUAGUGUAUCUACAGAUUCUGCUCGUAUUCAUUGGUGUCUAAUCCUGUUUUGAAUCUUAUGAGGCCAUUUGCCUCAAUAUCCUGUGGCACUGAAUUCAAAAGUAAAAUUUUAUGUAGUGUAAAAUGUAUUUCUUUUUAUCCAUUUCAGAUUUAUAGCUCUCUAACUUUAUUGUAUCCCCUUGUCUUGAGUUACACAGUGCAGUAGAUUAGAACAGAUGUCUUCAGUGCUGUCAUUAACAAAGACAGAGAGAUUGAGCUACACAUACCGUCUCUUAGAUCCUUCUUGGGAAUUUACAACUGACUCUUAUACCCUGAUUGGAUUGGAGUUGUUUAACUUUUUUCUUUCUGGUGUGUAUCUUCUGGCAUGUCUAUCUUGAAGUUAAUCUGCUAACUUGUAGCUCAAAUACCUAAUGUUGAUAGAUACUUAUUGAAGUUCCUUUUAAAAGAAAAGCCAUAAAACCUUGUGCUCCUUGAUUCAGCUAAAUUUCUCAAUCUAAGGAGUCUCUCAGGGUCAGUACUUGGAGAUGAAACUUUCAAGGAAUAGCUAAAUGCUCAAGUAAGUAUUGUCUGGGAAUUUAGUAAAUGGUGCUGUCUUUAUCUGAGUAUUUUUCCCCAGUGACCCAGCAUAGUACCAAAGGAAUCUUACGCUGCUGCAGUUUGUGUUAUCUUUUGGAUAAUAUUUCAAAUGGAGGUCCUGUCGUCUUAUGCUUUUGUAGUUCCCUUCACACUUUUUGAAGGAGUAUGGAAGUCCUCUCAUGGAUCAGUAACUGGUUAAAAGAUAGGAUACAAAGGGUAGGAAUAAAUGGUUAGUUUUCACACUGGAAUGGUCAGUAGCUGGGCACCCCAAAGAUCUGUAGUGGGACCUGUGCUGCUUAACAUACUCAGAUGAUCUUGGAAAAAGGGGUAAACACUGAGGUGGCAACAUUUGCAGAUGAGACACAAAUACACAAGAUAGUUGAGUCCAGAGCUGACAGUGAAGAGUUACAAACGGAUCUCACAAAACUGGGUGACUGGGCAACAAAAUGGCAGAUGAAAUUGAAUGUUGAUAAAUUCAAAGAUGAUCCCAACUACACAUACAAAAUGAUGGGGUCUAAAUUAGCUGUUACCACCCAAGAAAAAGAUUGUGCGGUCACUGUGGAUAGUUCUCUGAGAACAUUUGCUCAGUAUGCAGCACAGUCAAAAAAGCUGACAAUAUUAGGAACCAUUAGGAAAGGGAUAGAUAAUAAGACAAAAAAUAUGAUGCCAUUAUAUAAAUCCAUUGUACGCCAACAGCUUGAAUACUGCAGUUCUGGUCACCCCAUCUCAAAACAGAUAUAUUAGAAUUGGAAAAGUACAUAGAAGGGCAACACAGAUGACUAAGGGUUUAGAACAGAUUCCACAUGAGGAAAAAUUAAAAAGACUGGGACUGUUCAGCUUAGAAAAGAGACAAGUGAGGAGGGAUAUGAUAAAGAUCUAUGAAAUCAUGAAUGGUAUGGAGAGAGUGCCUAAGGAGGUAGUAUUUACCCCUUCACAGAACACAAGAACCAGACGUCACCCAAUGAAAUUAAUAAUCAGCUGGUUUAAAACAAACAUAAGGAAGUACUUCUUCUCACAAAACGCAGUCAUCCUGUGGAACUCCUUGCCAGGGGCAUUUGUGAAGGCCAAAAAUAUAACUGAAUCCAAAAAAGAAUUGGAUGAGUUCCUGGAGGAUAGGUCUAUCAAUUCCAAGAUGGUCAGGGAUGCAGGCCUAUGCGCUGGUGUUCCUAAACCUCUGAGUGCCAGAAACUGGGGCUGAACAACAGGGUGCAUUACUCGAUGAAUUGCCCUGUUCACUCCCUCUGAAGCAUGUCAUGCAGGUCACUGUUAGAAGACAGGAUACUGGGCUAGAUGGACCAUUGGUCUGAUCUGAUAUGGCCGUUCUUGUUUUUAUGAUGUACAUCUUGGUGUUCUUGCCAAUUUUUUCCUCCAGUUAUAAAUCCUUCCUAUAUCUCCAGUUGGAUAUAUAUAUUUUUAAUGGCCUUAAGUGUUGUUCAGAGUUCAUGUUCACUAUGAAACAGUUGUUGCUCACAACCUAAAGCUGACAGCAUUUCAGUGGGGUGGGGUGAGAUCUCACAAGCCAGACAAAGCAUUUGGGUGAAAUCUUGGCCACGUUGAAGUCAGUGGCAAAACUCCCAUUGAUUUCACCCUUAAUGUUUUUAUAAAGUGUUUUUAGAUGCUUACAUCUAAUGUGCUAUAAAUUGCAAAUUGAGCUUGAUGGAUUUAAAUAAUUUUGUAUAAAAAAACCCUAAAUUUUAGGGUCAAGUAUCUCUUGACAAUAUCCAUGCCAAGUUGGCUAUUGUUAAUCAUUUAAUUAGUAUGCAUGUUCCUUGGUUGUAGCAAAGAUUCUGUGGUUUUGUAACAGCUCGUCAUCUCCUCUUUCUGGAUAUUCACUUACUUACGAAUGAAAAUAUUCUAAUGUGUUUCAGUGAUAAAAGAAUCUUCUGCAGGCAGUUUACACUGAAGAUGAUUUAUUUCAGUAUUUAAUAGGAAGAGGAGUUUAUUAACAGGUUAUUAAACACAACUAUUAAGUUUCAGAGUGGUAGCCGUGUUAGUCUGUAUCAGCAAAACAACAAGGAGUACUUGUGGCACUUUAAAGAUUAACAAACUUAUUUGGGCAUAAACUUUCGUGGGCUAAACACAUUUCAGGUUUUGCUAGAAUUAUUUUAAUGUAAUCUAAUGAAAAACCUGUUGUAAAAUAAUAAUAACUGAACAAAUAUGUAUUCACCUUAAAAAUUAGUCAAUAUUUAAAAUCAGUAAAUGGAUAUUUAAAACAAGUAACUUAGAACAAUAUGAGACUUUAAAAAGUCUUAAAAUCCUUCAGAGUCUGAAUCAGUGUCUGAUUCACCAAACAGUUCAUUAAACUCUGCUUCAGUCACAACUGCACCUGCAUUGUCAUUGUAGAUGUUGACAGUGUCGUCUUCAGUCUCUGAUUCCUUCUCAUCAUCAGCCUCUGUUGUGUCAUCAUCAAAUAUGGCAUCUUCUGACCCAUCGAGUGCAUUGCUGAUAAAGCAUUUCCUAAACGAUUUUUCCUGUCAUUUCCGAGGGAAUGGACACCCACGCAUCCUUGAUCCAUUGGGCGACCAGAUUGAUUUCAGGCUUCAUAAGAUUCCUGCCUUUUGUCAACUUCCCCAUGCCUGAGCACAUCCAUUCAGACCACAUUUUGCGUAGCCUGUCUUUAAAGGGUUUGUUCAGGCAGACAUCAAGAGGUUGUAGAACUGAAGUUAGGCCUCCAGGUAUUACAGCCAAAUUAGUUUUCAUAUUUUUGGCCACAUUUUUCACCUCAUCAGUCUUGUGUGCCCUAACCAUGUCCAUGUUUCUUGAAAAGUGCUCCUGGUCUCUUAUUCCACACUUUUUCCAGCCAUUCAAUAGUCCCACUUUCAUCCAUCCAUCCCUUUUCGUGUGCACGUACCAUGACACCAGCAGGAAAUUUCAUGUUUGUAGGCAAGGUUAUUCUUUUUAAAAAAACAACAACAACAGGAGGGAGCUUUGAUCCAUUUGCCAAACAAGAUAAAACCACCGUAACAUGGAUUUUUUCAUGGCCAGUGGCUUUAAUUAAAACUUUUUUGUCGCCAACACUGGUUACCAUUCUGUUGCUCUGGAGAUCAAUGUCAUUGGUGUUUUGUCCAUAUUUGCUGUUUGUGACCGUUCAAAUGCAUAUUCCUUUCGAUAUUUUAUAAUAAACCUUUGGAAAGAUUCGAUUUUUUCUUCCAGAUCUCUCGGCAGCUUUUGCGCUAUCUUUGUUCGCUGACAGAAACAGAGACUAUGACGGUUCAUGAAGCGAGUACACCAACUGGCUGAUUAGACAAAUACUGAUGGCUUUAUUGACUUGUAUUUGUCGUCUUUCGACAUUUGCAGAGCACGCAGACAAAUUCCAGUUCUAGUGACAAUGUACCCAUAUUGUCGACAUUCAGCAACCCAAUUAUUGAGAUGUCUCUUUCCAACUCAGGAAAUGAAGUGCACCUCGUUGGACAUUUUUUCUUGCUUCUUGGCAUGUCUUUUAGUGUUUUAUUUUUUUGCCAUUCUCUACCUUGCUUCUCAUUGAUACAGAAUUCAUGAGCAGCAGCGCAAUUAUUGUUUGCUUCUGCAUAUUCAACAACUUUAAGUUCGAACGCUGCGUGAUAAACAGACCUUUUUCUUUUGAUUUCACCAUUGUUCAUUUUAAAUACUAGUAUGAAAAUAGAUUAUUAUUAUUAUUGUAGUUAUAGAUUUUGUAGGACUUUAUAUAGGAAUAUCACCUGCUUUAUCGCUGUCAAAUGAUUGUUCUUUAUUUCAAAGCAGCCCUGUAGAUUGGCAUGUCUGUGGGGAUAACAGGCAAUUUCAAUUUUAUUAGAGAUUCCAUUGAUUCUGCACGUUAUAUUUUCAUAUUGGCUCGAGACUUAUGAGGUCCAUUGGUAGAAAUGCAUGAAGAGAUCAAAUUACACAGUAGCGGACUGACACAGUGCUAUAGUACUAUCGUUCAUUGUAUUUUUCUGAUUGGCUUGUAAGGCAUAGCAUUUUGUGAAAUGCAUGAGUCAAAUGUCAUGUAGAUCUGCAGCACUGCUCUUUUAGUAUUCCUUUCAAGCCAAUCUAGUCUACUAAAGAAAGCCUUUGCAACUUUAAAAGGCUGCAGUAUUGACAUCAAUAAAUGGGUCGGCAAACUUUGGCUCCCAGCCUGUCAGGGUAAGCCGUUGGUGGGUCGGUACAUUUUGUUUACCUGGAGUGUCUGCAGGCAUGGGCUGAGGGGCUCCAUGCCUGCAGACGCUCCAGGUAAACAAAACGACAGUGUAUCAGAUAUUCAAUUCAAUGAUUCCAUAGAGUUUAAAAUCAUCAAAUUUUGGUGUAGACCCAUUUAUAAGCCCACCCCUGCUCUUUGAUGCGUCGCUUGUUUACCAAAAAUAUUCAGCUUAUGAACGAGCAUAUAUGGUAUAUUUCCUGAAUCAAAUUUAGUUGCUGUUCCCUCAGCAUAUUCAAAGGAGAGUGAAUGUCCCGGGUUUCUUGGCUAGGAAUUGGGAAAUUAUUGCCUAGAAUGUGAUAGUACUAACAGGUGCUCCCAACACUCCCUAUCCUCACCUCAGUGUCAGUGGAUUCAACUGCAGUGGUUGUUUUAGCUUAAAGGGUCCUGUGGUAAAUUUAAAUAAAGUAAGUUGCUACUUACCAGUCAGUUGGUCAAUGUGACAGUUUGUAAAUAUGAAGUGCUCUUUUGAAAUGUCCAGAGACCACAGCAAAACUCUGAUGUUGGGUUCCGGAAAAAGCUGUCCUAUUAGAGGUACACGUACACAAUAGCAUGUAUAUAGAAAAAGCAUUAGCAAGGUUUAUAUUGAAGAGUAUGAAGAAUUAUGGAGCUUCAGUACUUGUACGUGUAAUACUCUAUCUAAACUUGAUGUCCAGCAUUUUUUGGUGCAAGGAUUACUGUAGGUUGUUUGACUUUUAUCUCACUAUCUGUUUGUUAAAUGAUUUUGAGUGCCCAACUGGAGGCAACUUGAAGGAGUCUGUAAGCUGGUGGGCCAUUUCGCUAGCAAGGCUACGGAAAUAAAUCGCCAAACCUUUUAAGGCCUUUUCCACACAAUCUUCUCAAAACAAAACAAAAAGCCAAAUCAGCUGAGAAAUACUGGGCAAAUAAUCUCCAGAGGCUUUCCCUGCCUCAGCCAGCCAGCAGGGGAGAGGACACACUCUUCCCUCUAUUUCCCCUUUUUACCCAGCUUCCCCUUCCUUUUAUAUUCCACCCUGAGAAGCCAUGUGCUCAGUGGGGCCUGUUAACUCUCUUAAAGACUGCAGAUCCAGCCUGAUUCCCAAGAGCUGCAUGCCAACUCUAUAAAAAUCAGGCUUCUUUCAUGGUGGCUCAGAUCACUAGUUGCGAAAAUCCUGACCAUUUUUGUUUGAUAUUUAUUACCAGAAGCCCAGUGAGAAUGAGGGUCCCACUGAUGGGCAUUGUGCAAAUGCGUAUGAAGACCUUUGCCCCUGAAAAGCUUGAAAUUUAAGUAAUUAAUUCCUUGCUGUGCAAUUUAAUUUUUCUGAUACGUCUUUAAAACUCAUCCAAACUUUCUGCUAAAGUCUCUGGAAACUUGUUGGUAGACAGGACAUAGCCCUUCGAUCAGGGAAAGAUUGAUCUCACCAUUCAUAUAAGCAAAAGAUAAGUGACUCCUAAGUGAAGCAAAAAGGGGAAGGAUGCCAUUCUAAUAUCUUUCUAUAGUCUUCACUCCUGUACAUCACAGUCUGGUUCAAGCUGUAUAAAAAAAUUGAGAUCUGGGAUUUACUGGGAUCUGGCAUGCCAGUUGCUGACUGAAGGAAGGCAAAAGGCAACUGGUGGAUAUUGCCGUUGCUUAAAACCCUGGGUGUCCUGGGCAAACUGUGGUGUCUUAUGGGUCCUGUGAGCAUGUUGGACAGACCAGCUGUCAUUUUGCAUUUGAGAAGAAUCCAUACAGCCACUUCUGACACUUGAUUAGGUUUUGCUCAAGGAUUUUUUUUAGCCUAAGCAAUAAUUAAGCCAUUAAAGCUUCAAAAGCAGCUUUGGGGAUUUGCUAACAUACUGUGACACUUGCAGGUGGGGCAGUAGAACUUACUUUUCUAGGUGUUGUGUGCAUCACCAAUGUAUCCGAGCACCUUCAAGGCUUUUUCAAAUUCAAGGCUCUACAAAAAGUACAGAUCCUGCAGCCAUUUUAAAGAGAUGAUAGCACUAUGUUUCACGUGGUCGUAGUGACGCACCUAUCUGUUAAUAUUAGUGUUCUCUCUCAGUUGAAUGGAUACCGUGCCAGCAGUCAGUGUAGGCUACUUCCCAUGUAUUUCAUUGAGAUAUAGUGAUUCCUUGGCAGUUUAAGUUCCUGCACUUGAGCUGUCCAGAAGCUCGUGUUUGCCUUGUGAAAUCCUGGGCUUCAUGACCUAUAAACUGUAGAAGCUCUGCUGAAAGUUCUGCAGCUGAAAAGGACAAGUAUCUGCACUCUUUUGUAUCUAAAUUGAGCCUGUAGCUAGCAAAAUGCUUAGAAUUCUAGUGCAUCCUCUUCUCUGGUAAGUGUGAUGGCAAUGAGUGAUUUGAGUCUGCAAACUGGUUCUAUUACACGUGCAUCUUAUUUUUAAAUUUUAUGCAUUUUUAAAAUAAAAUGCUUAAUGUAGCAGUUGAGGAAUGACUGACUUUGGAUUUUUGAUACUGUCAUAGCAAAGAAUUAAACAAUGAAAUGGGACUGAAUUUGCAAAGCGCUCCCCCCCCCCCCCCGUGCUAUAAAUGCUUUUCAGAGACAUUCUAAUCCAGUUUAAUUAGAUAUAGCUAGACUCUUGUCGGAUACUGUAAUUCAGAAUAAUUUUCAGCUAUAGAUAGUAAUAUUUUCUACUGGAAUUUUUAUUAAGCACUCCAGUUCAGUAAUAAUAAGGAUGACAAAAUCAACCGCAGGAAGGUUAAUUAUUAUGAGUAUAUAGUGGAUUAUUUUUCAUACCUAAAUUAUUUUAAUUUUGAAGACUGAAUUUGCAUGGAAAAGCAUUAUUUGUUGUCUUGGAAUAUGUUACUUACUUGAGAAAAAUAGACUUGCAAAAUAUUUAAAAUUCCAAUGUGCAGUAUUUAUAUGUACGUCUGGAUAGUUUGUCUUGUCGCCACAUUUUUCCAUAAUUAAAUGCUAUUUCUUUUUUUCUGAGUUGUAAUGUUUGUUUUUGUGCAUACAUCUUUGUGGCUUUACAUGUUCUUAGAUAACACUGGACAUUUGAAUUGUCAAAAUAACAGCAGGCACUUUUCAUCUUGAAAUCCUCAAACCUCUUUGUAAAGUUAGGUAAGCAC